AUGUUCGAUAAACACGUAGUCCGUGGAAAUACAUACGCCCGAAUAAUAACAUCAAAAGACUCCGAAACAGCUCUUCCCUAAAGGCAUACUUAGUAUUAAAAAAAGAACCUUCAAUCGCAAAUAAAGGAUAUAUCUGACCUAUAAAAAGAUUAAUAUGAACCCCAAACACCUAAGCCCCUUCCAGGCCGUCAAAACGUCGAAAUAAUGACAGAUGAAUACGUCGAAACACUAACGGACAAGCCCCCAAACUAUGAAAAAGACACACAAACAGAGUUUAUAAUUCCAAAACCUAACCCUAUAUUAAUAAUGCCUUGCAAGACUGGUUUGGAUAGAGAAACUUAGAUAUGGGAUGGCGAUUUAUUCGAUUUCGAUUAUGAAGUAGAGCCUUUAUUAUAGGCUUUAAUAGGCAAAACACUCGAAUUUUCCAGAAUGGAAGUUUUGGAAGAGGAAGAAUUGCGAGUAAUGAAAAACGAAUAGAAGAAAUUUACUGAAUUAAGAAAUAAAGAAUAAGAUGAAGUCAGAUAAUUAGAAGAAAAGGAAAAAAGACUUCUCGAGGAAAAUACAAAAAGGAAAAACGAUUACAAAUAAAAACUUAAAUAAAACAUAUUAGCACACUAAUAAAUUUUAUCGAGAAAUUUAGCGAAAAAAUACCUACUUUAAAUCAAAAAAAAUACACUUUAAGACCUUUAAAACUAAAAUAUUUUCUAUGAUCCUGUCAAAAAUGCACUUUUUGAGGAUAUAUUGCCCUGGUUCUAUACUAAUGUGGAGUAAAUAUUAAAUACUGAGUAGAAAAUAGAUAAAUCUUUCGAAUUAAUAUGUACUGAAAUAGUAGAAAAUACCAUUAAAUAGCAUUCUAAUGUACAUUAAAAGUAUAUUGAAAACAGAAAAAAGGCUAUAUAUGAAUAAAAAAUUUAAUAGUAAGAAUUAGAAGAAAGACGAGAAAAGAAAAGAAUAGCCAGAGAGAAAAAAUAAGAAUAAGAAAGAAGAAACAAAAUAACAGAAGAAAUAAAUUAAAGAAUUCAUUCAAAAGGGGAACUUAAAAAUAACGUUUUAUAAUAAAAUAUAUGUGAUAUAGAUGGCGCUUAAUAAAAUAAACCUUUCGUAGGUCUAAUGGGAGGUUUAAUUGGAGAAUUUUUGUUGUUUUUAAAGGCUUUGAGUUAAUAUUCAGAUGAGGAAAUAGCUUAAACUACAAAAGAAAUUUUAUCAAAUACAGAUAAAUAAGGUUUAGCAAAAGUAAAGCCUAAUUUAUAAACUUUAACUUUAAAUCCCUAAUCUGAAAGAUCAGGUAAAGAAUAAUUUAAUGAAAACGAAGAAAUUGUUCCUUUUAUACCUGAAAAUAUUGUUGAGGCUGAAUAUGAAAAUAAAGUUACCAUUUUUGUGCCUAAUGAUUAAGAUUUAGAAGUAUUUGUGGUACAUUUAAUUGCUGAAUAGGUUAUAAGAAAUGAAAUUUUAAGAAUUUCUAAUGCUUUUAUUAAAAAUAUAGAUUCUAAAGAGUACUUUAUUUUAUACGAAUUAGAUUCUGUUAUGUAGAAUAUUCAUUAGUAGAUUCUUGAUUAUAUUUAACCUGAUUAUCCUAUUUUCGAUUUAAAUAAUUAUUGA